UUGACAGUGCAUUCGUUUGUUUACAAUUCCAAAGGCUUUUGCUUUGCCUUUUAUCGCCCGUGAAGACGCUAACAAAAAGCAAAUUUGUGGGAAAAAUGGUCGAAGAAACUGUUCCGGUGGCAAAAACGAAGACGAAAACUGCACGUCCCAAACCGGUGUACAUGUGGACCGUCGCCGAUACGCUGAAAUGGUUGCGAAGACACUGCAACGAACGAUGCGCACAAUAUCAGGAACUGUUUCAGCGCCAUGAGAUAACGGGUCGAGCGUUGUUACGAAUAACAGACGAGCUGACACUGCACCGGAUGGGCAUCCACGACGAGAAGGACCGGGACGAUAUUCUGCGCGAAAUCAUCAAGCAAAGGCUGAAGACGGACAUCAUGGAGAUACGUGAUAUGGAGCUGAUGAACAAUGUGUACCAGAACUGUUACUAGAAAGUAUGUGCGAAAAUGUUUUUGCAUGUUUUAUUAGUAUCAUAUCGUACUUUCCGCUGGCAAUUGUGUAUUGCAUAAAGCGUUUGAAAAAGAAUCUGUACUAAAGGGAAUGUUCGAAGAUAAUAAAACUCCGGUAUAAAUAAUAAGCAAAUUGAAAAAGGAA